CCUAAAUCCCACAGAAAUGAAGAAUCAAGGGGUUCUUAGAGAGCAUUAUCACCCCCAAAGUACCCUUCCCACAGCGAGGGCUGACAGGGAGCAGUAAUUUCUUACCCUGCCCUUACACAGCAUCUCAGCUCACAAAGCACUUUCAGUUACUGUUGCCUCCAAAACCAGGACCUCCCCGUGAAAAGAACACCAUUUUCCCACAGAGGAAAAGAAAAGCCUUGUCCUUACAUAGAAGGUACCACACAGGAACCAAACUUCAUUUCAAACUGAGCUCACCAUGGGAUCUGGAGAUGAAUGAAUGCUGUUGUGGUUUUUCCUCAGGCAAGAGGAAGUGAGGAAAUCAGAGUGGGAUGAGCCAUCCCUGUUCCUGGAGAGCAUGACACAUGUAUCCCAUCCUAGGCCUCUAGCCACAGCAAGCUCGCCACUCACUUCCCCUGGAACUGAAGAGGCAUACCUGGGCUCUCCACAGAGGGAGAUGAUGCAGGGAGGGGAAUCCCACCUGCUCUGAGUCACCUGCUAGUGUAAAGGGCGGGCCUUACAAUGCAGGGGCCUUAAAAAGAAACAGCGAGCAACUCAAAGGGAAGAAAACAGGAAGCCGGUUAGAAACCAGACUUCAAGAGUCCACGAAGCCCGGUGCAGGUCACAGAGCCAGCAGGAUCUGAGGAGCAGGCAACAAAAUGCUGGACUGCAGAGCUGCGCUACUGCUGUGGCUGCUGCCCUGGACCGCCCAGGGCCUAGCAGUGCCCAGGAGCAGCAGCCCUGACUGGGCGCAGUGCCAACAGCUCUCUCGGAGUCUCUGCACACUGGCCUGGGAUGCACACCCACCAGUAGGGCAUAUGGAUACACUAAGAGAAGAAGGAAAUGAAGAGACUAGAAGCGAUGUCCCCCAUAUCCAGUGUGGGGAUGGUUGUGAUCCACAAGGACUCAAGGACAACAGCCAGUUCUGCUUGCAAAGAAUCCACCAAGGUCUGGUUUUUUAUAAGCAACUGUUGGACUCAGACAUCUUCACAGGGGAGCCUUCUCUACUCCCUGAUGGUCCCGUGGGCCAGCUUCACACCUCCCUACUGGGCCUCAGCCAACUCCUGCAGCCAGAGGACCACCAGUGGGAGAGCCAACAGAUGCCUAGCCUGAGUCCCAGUCAGCAGUGGCAGCGUCCCCUUCUGCGUUCCAAGAUCCUCCGAAGCCUCCAAGCCUUUGUGGCAAUAGCUGCCCGGGUCUUUGCUCACGGAGCAGCCACCCUGACUGAGCCCUUAAUGCCAACAGCUUAAGUAUGGCACCCAGGUUCCCAUGGCUCAGCAAUGAUAGGAUCGAUCUACCGACCCAGGCAUCAGGGGCCAAUUAGUACUUUCUGUUGUUUGUUUUGUUUGAAAAGCAAGGACAGUUUUAUUAAAAAAAAACAAAUAAACAAACAAACAAACAAACAAACAAAAACCCAGAGCAGGUAGCUCCCUAGAGGAAGGAGAUGGAGAUGAGGAGUAAAGUCAUGCCCUUUGCCAUGGAAGCUUGCAAGCAACCACAUGGUAGAAGGGGCAGGAUGGGGGAGCGCUUUGGGGAAAUAGUGUGAAAGCCCAGAGCAUCGGAAAAACCGAGCCCAGGCUUUAGCCAGUAUCUGUAAGAAAAGGAAGAAAAAGGGAAAGUUACAUUUUCCUGAGUAGCUGGGAGAAAUGCGCAGGCUCAAGGUGCCACAGAUGAAGCUCUGUAAUCGCCUGCUGAGUCCCUGAGAACUAACAAAUGGUCAAUAUGGACCCACGGUGAUGCUUAACCUGUGACAAGCUGCAUAUUUAUUAACCGGGAAGGGGUAUUUUAGUAUUAUUUAUCCUUGUAACAGCAGUUUAGAGGAUUGUUAUUUAUUAUAUUUAUGAGGAAUUAUGUAUUUUUUCCAAUAAAGACUUAUUUAUUUGGC